AUGGAAUCUUACAUUGCACCACAUGACGCGACCGUCUCUCUUAAGGUUCUCAUAGAUGGCAGAACUCAACAGUUCAAGCUUCCUCUUCAUGACUUUGCUCCUGAAGCUCUAACGACGAAGAUGCUUAGACUUCUUUUUGGAAUACCCAACUCAUCGGAAGUCAUAUUCGAGCGACAUCUAGGAAAUCCCGGUAGAUACGCUCCUCUUGACCUCAACAAUAAAUCGGCAUGCAAGUAUCUUUAUUGUAUUGCUAGAGAAAAGGAACGGCUCUGUCUUAGAGUCACUACUACGCUCGCCAAGUCCAAUAUUCCCAGAACAAUUACCAACGAAGAUGAAGAGAAAAGUAUAAAUAAUGAAAAAAAUUGUGAAGCGGAUCAUUCCAACCCAGGCACUGACUUUUCUCAAAGUUCCCAUGACCACUCAAGCCUGGAAUCGGUUGACCAGAAAGUCCUAUCACCUGAAGAUUACGAAAAAAGUAUGAACACAUCUCAGAAGCUCCAUUCUGAUGUACAAUUACAUCAAAAGAUUAGCCUCAGCAGCCAAAACGAUCGUAAUGAUUUUUCCGCAGCAGGCAGAGAAAUUUCAAGAAUUCCUAGCCAACGUGCGGUCACAGCCUACAACACUUCAGCCUUAGAGACAAAUGGAACCCAAUGCAGCAAACUAGAUAAUGAACCCGAAGGAACUUACAAACAGAACCGCAUUGGAGUUAAAAACUUUGAUAUGUACGAAAAAAGUGGUGCCCCUCCCAAUUUACAUCCAGCUACGACUGGGAUUACUAUUUGUUGUAACAGUUGCAAUGCAUCAAUCCCAAACGAGCACUACCACUGUAGUAAUUGCGAUGACGGGGAUUAUGACCUCUGUAAAGCCUGCGUUGACAAUGGGGUUCUCUGUCAGGGCAUCGAUCACUGGCUGAUAAAACGAUUUCUAAGAAAUGGAGCGAUAGUUGCUAGUACUACAGAGACAAUAAUACCAAAGCCAGACCCUCUUAGACAAGGACUAGAAAGCCUCUACGAUUCUCACAAGAUGGUUGAUAGUCGCACUUGCAAUGUCUGUGUUCGCGGAUUUAAAAACGAACAAAUGGUAAACUGUAAGGAUUGUCCUGAUUAUGACAUCUGCAUCGACUGUUUUGUCAACGCCGAAUGUGGGCAUAAUCCUCGACAUUCUUUUCAAUCAGUUGUCAAAGAAGUAAUCCUCAGCCCCCAAGUACAAGCACUACUUCCCCCAGGCCGCAAUACUCUGCACGAGGCCAUCUGUGACGGAUGUCGUACGCACAUUCGCGGCGUCCGCCACAAGUGCUUAGAGUGUCCAGACUGGGACUACUGCUCGACGUGCAUUGAAAAUGCUAGUAUAUCACAUAAAUUACACCGUUUCGUCACAAUCUACGGGCCAGAUGAUAUCUCUGCGCCUACUAGCUUAAAUUCUGAAGUAUCCGUACACGAUGACGUAUAUUGUGACGGCCCCCUCUGUGGAAAGUUUUCAUCAUUUAUUAUUGGAGAUCGCUAUAAGUGUACUAUUUGUAAUAAUACAGACUUUUGUGCUAGUUGCGAAGCGAGUCAUUUAAACCACCACAACAACACCCACCCACUCAUCAAGCUUAAAACACCAGUUCGUAAUGUCAGCGUGAAAACAGUUUGCGAUACGCAACAUCAACAAAAUCUCCCUAUAACGUGUGAUGGACCGAUUGUGGAAACCAGAAGAUUCAACAGCUCUAAUCGAAGACCGACAUUAAGCACAACUUCUCAAAUCUACACAGUGCUUGAUUUUCAGCCAUCUGAAACUGCUAAAAUACAGGCUGUUACAUACAAAAAAUCUGGCCACUUACACAACGAAGUCCUUAAACUUGAUGACCUAGAUGAGGUUGAGUCUGAGCAAAAAUCAAUCCUCCAAAAUUACGAUUUAUCAACUCAGAAGAAACUGGAAGCUCAUUUCGUGCGCCAAGUUAUCAGAGAUGGCAUCACUAUGAAGGCUAACGCGACAUUUGAGCAAACCUGGCUCCUUCGUAAUAUAGGGAAUAACAUCUGGCCUGCUGGCUGUAAAGUUGUAUUUAUAGCUGGAACUAACAUGUGCGCUCUAGAUCCAGAGUACCCAACGGGUGUACCAGGACAAUUUUCAGCUGUCAGUGGUAGCAUAUGCAACUAUCAAGUAGACCCAGGCCAAACAGCUGGAUUCUCUGUGCAGAUGAAGGCUCCUGAUUUUGAAGGAAAUUUUACCUCUUUUUGGCAUCUUAUAGCUCCAGAUGGAACUAAAUUUGGGGUUACCUUGUGGCACAACAUCAUAGUCGAAGAAUCCGAACCAAUUGGUCAGAAAUUAUUUGACUCUAGUAUGGAGCUAAGAAGAAAUCAAAUUAUUUUCCCAAUUAUUGAGAGCUCAGCUAUCAAUACACAGCAGAGAUUAAGCGCGAACUCCAAAUAUUCCGAAACUGUUUCAGACUACCACACAGACGUUGGUACAGACGCCCAAUCUAACGAAGAAGCUUCGACUGAUGAUGAAAAUGAAUAUGAAUUUGUAAACAACAGUAUUGAUGACUUUUAA